CAAGAUCCACUAUGUUUGAAGCACGUUAGACAAAUUCGUAGUCGAGCAACGCGCGGGCAUCGUUGCCUCGUUUUUGUCUUAUCACUUUUUUUUUUUUAAACAAACCCUUCUUUCGCGUCUUUUUUAUUUUGUUAUCGUGAUUACACUGCUGCUUCUUACGGGAAGCAUAAAAAGUUUUUUUGUGACGUUUGCAUUUUGAAAAAAAAAAAUUAGUUUCGGAUUUUUCAUUCAGCAAAAAAUAUGAAAUUUACAAGGAGAUGGCCAACAUUGGCCGCAACAAUAGUUGCCCUACUCUUGCCUUUAAUGAGUGCAGAACCACCAGUAUCAGGAAGCUAUCUUCCACCGUCAACAAGUUACGGAACGCCAAAUCUUGGAGGUGGUGGUUUCGGAGGCGGUGGUGGUAGUUUUGGAGGUGGAGGUAGUUUCGGAGGUGGAGCACCUUCCUCCAGUUAUGGAGCGCCAUCAGGCGGAGGCGGAAGCUUUGGUGGUGGUGGUAGUUUCGGAGGCGGUAGUUUUGGAGGUGGAGCACCUUCAUCAAGUUAUGGAGCACCCUCAAGACCCUCAUCCAAUUAUGGAGCACCACCAUCCAGACCUUCGUCAAAUUAUGGAGCACCGUCUUCAGGAGGUUCGGGAAUAGGUGGUGGAUUUGGUGGUGGACAUGGAGGUAGUUUUGGUGGUAGUUUCGGAGGUGGACAAGGAGGAAGUUUUGGAGGUAGCUUUGGAGGUGGACAUGGAGGAGGUUUUGGAGGUGGUGCACCUUCGAGACCUUCGGGAAGCUAUGGACCACCACCUUCGAGGCCCUCGGGAAGCUAUGGACCACCACCAUCGAGACCUUCGGGAAGUUAUGGACCACCACCUUCGAGACCUUCGGGAAGUUAUGGUCCUCCACCUUCUAAACCAUCUGGAAGUUAUGGACCACCACCUUCGAGACCUUCGGGUAGCUAUGGACCACCACCUUCAAGACCUUCGGGUAGUUAUGGACCACCGUCGGGAGGCUCAGGAUUUGGAGGUGGUUUUGGAGGUGGACAAGGUGGUAGUUUCGGAGGUAGCUUUGGAGGUGGACACGGAGGAAGUUUCGGAGGUGGUGCACCAUCAAGACCUUCAGGAAGCUAUGGAGCACCUCCUUCUAGACCUUCUGGAAGUUAUGGAGCGCCAUCAGCUGGAGGCAGUGGUGGAUUUGGAGGCGGUGGUUUCGGAGGCAGUGCUCCAUCAUCCAGCUAUGGUGCACCAUCAGUACCAUCUUCCAAUUACGGUGCACCUUCCUCCGGAAGUGGAUUCGGUGGAGGAUCAGGAUUCGGAGGAGGCUCUGGUGGUUAUUCCGGUAGUGCACCAUCAAGCAGUUACGGUGCACCCAGUGCGGGUGGAAGUAGCGGAGGUCAAAGUUACGCCAGUAAUGGAGGUUAUCAAUACUAAAUAUAUUUCGUGAAUGUUGAAUCAAAAUCUGGUCACUUCGAACUUUAUCAAGGACGUUUAUCACUGCCACUAUAAAUAUAAAUCGUUUGUUCAUUUGAAAAUUCAUUACUCAAUCAACUCAAUGAAAAAAAAAACUCGAGUUGCCAUAAUGAUUUAGUAUCGUUAAAGAAAUAAAAAAAAAAAAAAGUCGAUUGACCAUCGAACAUAAAAGAAGACGUCCAAAGAAAAAGAAAACCAAUUGGAAUCUUAUCAGAAAUUUGUAUUCAAGUUCCUCAAGUGGAUUUGAAUGGAAAAAAAAAGAAAUUUUUGUCGAAGACGAAAGCGGUUUUUUUUAAAUGAAGGAAAAGAAAAUGACUUUUCCUUCAGCACUUGUAAUUUAUUUAUUUUGUAAAAAAAAAAAUGCUUUUUGUACUAAUAAAAUUGCUACGCUGAAAA